GUGGGUGACUAGGUACGCAGGCGCGUAUGUCAGGGCUGUUCCUCUUCUGUCGGUUGCUUGGCUGGUGCUUAGCGUUACAUGUGGGAAACGGGCUCUGCCAAGUUUCCGGACCGCAUAGGAGGAGUAAACAAAGGCGGUAUGGUCUCCUGCUGAACUGGUGGGUGGUUGUCACUUGUACAACAACCCCAGAAUUCCUGCGGGCUAGCUCUAUGGCAGUCUGCCACGAGCUGGAGCCACUAGCUUCCCCGUCACCUGUACUGAACCUGGAGGACGGGGCAGAAGAAGAGGGAAUGCUUAUAGAGCGAAGUGCAGAUGUUAACCUGCUGCGUUGUGAGAGCAAGAAGCGGGGUCCUGGAGGGGCUGUCAGAGUGAGUGCUGAAAGGGAAAACGAAGAGGAGGAAGGCGAAGGUAGUGGGGAGGAUGAACUGUUGCUACCCGGUACUGCCGUGGCCUCGUCUUCUCCGACUGUCCGAGACAAGAGAAGUGCCCGAGCCACUCGCCUCAGCUCAUCUUCCGACAGAGACCACCUGGGAUCUGCAGGAGGCACUGGGGAGCUGAACCUGUUUCCUGAUGAUCCAGAAUAUGCAGAAAUCGUACAGAAAGCGGAGCAUGCUAUUGAAAGUGGAGUUUUUCCAGAGAGGAUAUCCCAAGGUUCUAGUGGAAGCUACUUUGUUAAAGAUUCAAAGGGGAAAAUAAUUGGAGUAUUCAAACCAAAAUCUGAAGAACCAUAUGGUCAUCUCAAUCCAAAGUGGACCAAAUAUUUUCAUAAAGUCUGUUGCCCUUGCUGUUUCGGCAGAGGUUGCCUAGUUCCUAACCAGGGCUACCUCUCUGAGGCUGGUGCGUCUCUUGUGGACCAGAAACUUGGGCUUGGAAUUGUGCCAAAAACCAAGGUGGUAUGGCUUGUGAGCGAGACAUUUCAUUACAGUGCAAUAGAUCGUGCAAAGUCAAGAGGGAAAAAGUAUGCAUUGGAAAAAGUGCCACAAGUCGGUAGAAGAUUUCAUCGUAUUGGACUACCUCCUAAGGUUGGCUCCUUUCAGCUGUUUGUAGAAGGCUACAAAGAAGCUGACUUUUGGCUCAGGAAGUUUGAAACGGACUCUCUUCCGGAAAAUACUAGAAAACUACUCCAGUUUCAGUUUGAACGACUGGUAAUCCUGGAUUUUAUCAUUAGAAACACAGACAGAGGCAAUGACAACUGGCUGAUUAGAUAUGAAAAAGAACUGGAUGGCACUGAAGAUUCACUGAAGGACACUGAAUGGGCCACCAGCAAAGAACCAGACAUUAAAAUUGCUGCAAUUGAUAAUGGAUUAGCAUUUCCGUUUAAGCAUCCAGAUGAAUGGCGAGCAUAUCCAUUUCACUGGGCGUGGCUCCCUCAGUCUAAAGUUCCUUUCUCUCAAGAGACGAGAGACUUGAUACUUCCUCGUAUUUCAGAUAUGAACUUUGUACAGGAUCUCUGUGAAGACCUUUAUGAGUUAUUCAAGACUGAUAAGGGGUUUGACAAGGCUACUUUUGAAAAACAGAUGUCAGUAAUGAGGGGACAGAUUUUAAAUCUUACUCAGGCAUUAAAAGAUGGAAAGAGUCCCAUACAGCUUGUGCAGAUGCCACGUGUGAUUGUAGAAAGAAGCCGAGCAGGAGGCCAGGGUCGAAUUGUUCAUCUGAGCAAUGCAUUUACACAGACGUUUCACUGCAGGAAGCCUUUUUUCUCUUCAUGGUAGCAGUGAAUUGUUUUUUAAAACCACAUGCAGAGAAAUCACAAUUACUUCUCUGCUGAAUUUUGCAAGACUUUCCAAGUUAUUACUGAAGGAUUUUUCUGCUGUCAAAUUAUAUCUUGAAAAUUAAGUUGGCAGCACAUUAAGGCCAUUGUUUCUGUCUGCCAAAUAUUUUGAAACUUCAGCUUUUGAAGAGUUAUUUUGAAUGUAAUUAAAGUUUACAAAUUUUGUGUUAAAUGAAAAAGGACAUCAGGGAAAAAAGAAUAAAACAUUGCCUAUAUUGUAUUUUUAUAGAACAGUUCCACAAUUUCAUUGUCAUAAGAGGUAUGUAUUUAAAAUUGUAGUAGGAAUUAUUAAAAUGGAACAGUUUUUUGCAAAUUUA